GAUUCCCAUUCUAUUCCUAGGAAACUGGGGGGUUCCAGCUGCUAAGUGCUUUCUGUUGUGCCUGGGACACAAAAGUGCUGGUAAUGGACUAAGGAAAGCAUUGCCUCACCAGCUUUCAGGUUAAAACUCAUGGCUAAAAGUUAAAAAAAUGCCUAAAUUCUGCCACUGCCUUUGGAGCUAUCAGGUAUCUAGCACUUCUUUUUAAUGACAGCGCUAAGGAAAAAUACAGCAGUCCAUCUCUUAUCAGAGAACUGCUGCUAAAUGGAGAAAAGCUGACAGCAAAUAUUUACUCUCAGAUCAAUUCUGUUUAAAGUGCAAUGUUUGUAGCAGAGCUUGAACACAGGAAGGUCAGAUAUAGUAUCAAGGCUGCAUGUAUAUAAAGACAGGGAUAUGCAGUGGACACUCUUGCUUAAAUGGGGAAAACACGAGAGGAUUUUGAGAGGCACACUAUGAGGAGCUUGAUUUUUGUCCUCACUCUGAGCGUUUUCUCAUGUUCAGGGUUUCCAGUGUACGAUUAUGAACUCCCUGUCACAGAAGAGGCUCUCAAUGCUUCUAUUGCAAGGAUCAAUGCUCAGUCUUGGGGGCCAAACCUGUAUGGUGUUGUCAGGAGCCACGUUAGACAUGUUGACACGUGGAACAGCAAUGAUUAUAGACUAGAGCUGCAGCUCAGUAUUCGUGAAACCGAAUGCACAAAAGCUUCAGGAAGAGACCCGUUUACAUGUGGCUUCAAAGUAGGGCCUUUUGUGCCAACUGCUGUCUGCAAAAGUGUUGUGGAAGUCUCCGGUGAGCAGAUUGUGAAUGUUAUUGUGCGAUGCCAUCAGAGCACAUUCAGCUCUGAAUCGAUGAGCAGUGAGGAGAUGAUGCAUAUGCUGAUGACAAGCCCAAGGAAGCGAGGCAGCAGUCGCUCUGAAGCCUUCUCAUCAAGGGGAAGAGGCCGCAUCAAUGGUGACUGGCAUAAACCUGAUUAUACUAGCCCUGGCAAGAUCGAAUAAUGCAAUUUAGG